AUGGUGAAUACUCCUCCUGUUACUCCACCUGGUUCUGUUCAUGGUCACACUCCACCUCAUUCAAUGCAUAAUGAAGAACCUGAUAAUGAAACUAAUGUUGAGUUUACUAAAAUAAGUAAAUUGGAUUUUGGUGAUCCUUUAUAUUUGCAUGCUAGUGACACUGUGAGUACACCUUUGAUUGGCUUCAAAUUACUAGGAACUGAUAAUUACAAGGUUUGGUCAUGUGCUAUGGAACUUGCUUUACAAACUAAGAAUAAAAUUGGUUUUAUAGAUGGUACUUGUUUGAAAUCUGUUGAUAAUCUUGUACUUGCUAGUCAAUGGGAUAGGUGUAAUGCUGUUGUAUUGACUUGGAUUCUUGGAUGUGUGUCACAAGAAUUAUACUUAGGUCAAAUUUUUUCAAAAAAUGGUACUAAUGUUUGGCAAGAACUUAAAGAUACUUAUGAUAAAAUUGAUGGUUCUGUUAUCUUCAAUCUGCAUCACAAAAUUAAUUCUCUUACUCAGAAUGGUUCUUCUCUGUCUGAAUAUUACCAUAAUUUGACAUCUUUGUGGAAACAGUAUGAUUCGAUGGUUACCUUGCCUAUGUGUACUUGUGCUGCUGCAACUACUGUGAAAAGUCAUAAUGAUUUGCUUAGACUUAUGCAAUUUUUGAUGGGAUUAGAUGAUGUUUAA